UCUCUCAUAACAUUGGACUAACCUGGACGAUAGUAAACAAACUCCCUUUGUCAUAAUAUUUUCGAUCGUAAAAAAUGGGAGCGCAGUUGAAUCUUGGGGUUCGUUCCACCUCAGGCGCCUUUUCGACGAUAAAACUAAGUGAUGUGGACCUUAAAACGAGGGUAGAAGACUUAAGACUCUGCACAGCCCAGAAAAUAGAACUCCCGAAGGACUCGUUUGAACUCAUUCACUGUGGCUGUAUACUGGAGGACGAUGCUUCCCUGGAAUCCUGUGGCCUCAAGGAUGGUUCGAUGGUCCAUGUGCUGAAGAAGAAGGAAGCAGAGAAACCAGUUCCAGCUAAACCGAUUACCGAGGGCAGCAUCUUGCAGAUUGCCAAUGCCUUCAAAGCUUUCAAUGAAAACCCCACCCUGAGAAAUGCUCUGCAUCGAUUGAGUAAACGUCCAGAUGUUAUUGAGAAUAUAAUUGUAACAACUCCUGGUCUUAUUGAUGAUUCAGUUGCUAUUGCAAUGCUGCAGGAUCCUGAUUUAAUGGCUCACUUCAAUGACACUGAUACUGUGAGAAGAGCAGCAGAGCUCCAUCCGGUGCUCGCCGAAGCCGCUCUCUCAAUAGUGGCAGCAGUCCACGAAGAGUCUCACCGUUCAGCCGUUCCCGGGACAGGUCCCUCGACCCUCAAUGCUCCUUCUGCUGCGUACUCCUACAGCCUGGACAACCUCAGCGACGACGAGGAGAUGGCAGGUGACUCCUCCCAAUCGUCAGAUUCCAACACAGCGAUAACAGCUGCCCAAUUGGCAGCAGCCCUCUCACGAGCAAAUCCGAGAGCUGCAUUCCCCCUGUCCCACUCGUCCUCGUCGACGUCUGCAGGCAGCAAUUCCGGUCUCAUCACUACUGAGAUGUUCUCCCAGGCGAUGCAGCAGGCGUUUGCAUCAACUCCGGGUAGUACCACCUCGAUGGCCCCCCCUGCUCCAGCGAUACCACCGCUGUUGCCACAGAGUGGAGACCUCCAGAGACAACUGGCUCAAAUGCACGAAAUCGGACUCCAGGACGAUGCUACCAACGUCAUGGCACUGCAGUUCACUAAUGGGGAUGUUCAAGCUGCUAUCGAACUCGUAUUCAGUGGGUUCAGUGAUAACUAGUCAGACUUUUCAUUGAAUGACUGUAAUUUUAAGGAUUUUUACUGGGAAAUGUUGAAGCGAUUGAUGUAUUGAUGUAUAGGGUCAACAUGUAGUCCUUUGGCAAUAAUAUUAUUAAAGUAGUAAUUAUCGGAGUUA